UCUGGCCGACACUCGUCAGGGGGUGCCACGUAAGGUCGCCAGGUCUCCCCCGGGGCCUCCUGCUCUGGGGACGGAGCCCCGGCCGCCUACUCGUGGCUGCUGCUAGCCGGGCGCCGGGGCGGACGGCGGGGCCGGACUCCGGACGAGCCCCAGGGCGCCCAGCUUAGAACGCAGCUCGCUGACGCCCCGGCCUUUCCUAAACAGUCCGUGAGGCCGGGUCUAGGAGGGAGCCUCUUAGGAAAGUCCCCGCGGGCUGAGGGGACCAACUGCUGAAGCUGGCACGGUCGUCUCGGGAGCGACUUCUCCUGUAAUGGCGCCUGCGUCAAACACUAACAUGGCGGACUAGUUCGUGCGCGGCGCAAACGUCAGCACCUCUACCUCAGCGGCUCAGAAACAGCGGAGGAGAGCGGGGCCGUGCUCGCUGAUUGGCUCGUGGGUGGAGCGUGCCCGGCCGGACGCUCCCCUGCCAGCCAAUAAGGAAAGGGAUAAAAGGAAUUGGCCGCUGCGCCUCCUCCAGAUGCAUGCUGGGAGCCUGGAGGACUAGCGAGGAGGAGUUGCGAGAACGGAGCGGACGCCAUGGCGGCCGACAUCGAGCAGGUUUUUAGGUCUUUCGUGGUCAGUAAAUUCCGGGAAAUACAACAGGAGCUUUCCAGCGGAAGGAGUGAAGGCCAGCUGAAUGGUGAAACAAAUGCACCCAUUGAAGGAAGCCAGACAGGUGACCCAGCUGCCUCUGCAAGGAGUCUCCCAAAUGAAGAAAUAGUGCAGAAGAUAGAGGAAGUCCUUUCUGGGGUCUUAGACACAGAACUACGAUAUAAAACAGACUUGAAGGAGGCCUCCAGAAAAAGUAGAUGUGUAUCUGUACAAACAGAUCCUACUGAUGAAGUUCCUACCAAAAAGUCAAAGAAGCAUAAAAAGCACAAAAACAAAAAGAAGAAAAAGAAGAAAGAAAAGGAAAAAAAAUAUAAAAACCAACCAGAAGAAGCUGAGUCCAAGUUGAAAUCUCAUCAUGACAGGAAUGUUGAUCUAGAGUCUGAUUCCUUUUUAAAGUUCGAUUCUGAACCUUCAGCAGCAGUGGCACUGGAACACCCUGUGAGAGCAUUUGGCUUAUCUGAGGCCCGUGAAGCCCCUUUAGUGCUAGAACCUCCGGUAGGAUCAGCGGAGGCUCAGGAGUCACACGUUUUAGAGACUCUGAAGCCUCCUACAAAAACUGCAGAGCUGUCUGUUGGAUCUACAUCAGUAAUCUCAGAGCAACCUGAGCAGCCUGCGUCAGUUAUGAUGGAACCCUCAACGACCAAGAGUCUGGAUUCCUUUGCAGCAGCACCGGUGCCUAUGUCAACAGCGGUGCUGAAGUCACCUGAGCCCGUUGUAACAAUGUCAGUGGAGUAUCAGAAGUCUGUGCUGAAAUCUUUGGAGACUACGCCUCCAGAGAUAUCAAAGACCACGCUGGUAGAGCUUCCCAUAGCAAAAGUGCUUGAGCCACCAGAAACCCUCAUGAUAGUAUCAGAGAUACCUACUGAGGUGCACCCUGAACCAAGCCCAUCAACAAUGGAUUUUCCAGAGUCAUCUACAACUGAUGCACUAAGAUUGCCAGAGCAGCCUGUUGAAGCACCGUCGGAGAUUGCAGAUUCAUCCGUGACAAGACCUCAGGAGUCAGUGGAGCAGCCUAAGACCACAGCGGUGGAGCUGCAGGAGUCGUCGGUGGCCUCAGCCCUGGAGUUGCCGGGGCCACCUGCGACCUCCAUGAUGGAGUUGCAGGGGCCCCCUGUGACUCCAGUGCUGGAGUUGCCUGGGCCCUCUGCCACCCCGGUGGCAGAGUUGUCAGGGCCCCUUUCCACCCCAGUGCCUGAGUUGCCAGGGCCCCCUGCGACAGUAGUGCCUGAGUUGCCGGGGCCCUCUGUGACACCAGUGCCACAGUUGUUGCAGGAAUUGCCAGGGCCUCCAGCACCAUCCGUGGGGUUGGAGCCACCACAGGAGGUACCAGAGCCACCUGUGAUGGCACAGGAGUUGCCAGGGGUGCCUGCAGUGUCAGCGGCAAUGGAAUUGACAGGGCAGCCUGCAGUAACAGUAGCAAUGGAGUUGACCGAACAGCCUGUGACGACGGCAGAGUUCGAGCAGCCCGUGGCGAUGACAUCGGUGGAACAUCCUGAGGUGACAACAGCAACAGGGUUGCUGGGGCAGCCGGAGGCGAUGGUGCUGGAGUUGCCAGGACAACCAGUGGCAACCACAGCUCUGGAGUUGUCUGGGCAGCCUUCAGUGACUGGGGUGCCAGAGUUGUCGGGGCUGCCUUCGGCAACUAGGGCACUGGAGUUGUCAGGGCAGCCUGUGGCAACUGGGGCACUGGAGUUGCCUGGGCAGCUCAUGGCAACUGGGGCACUGGAGUUUUCAGGGCAGUCUGGGGCAGCUGGAGCCCUGGAGCUUUUGGGGCAGCCCCUGGCAACAGGGGUGCUGGAGUUACCAGGGCAGCCUGGGGCGCCAGAGUUGCCUGGGCAGCCUGUGGCAACUGUGGCGCUGGAGAUCUCUGUUCAGUCUGUGGUGACAACAUCGGAGCUGUCAACGAUGACCGUGUCGCAGUCUCUGGAGGUGCCCUCGACGACAGCGCUGGAAUCCUAUAAUACGGUAGCACAGGAGCUGCCUUCUACAUUGGUGGGGGAGACUUCUGUAACAGUAGGAGUGGAUCCCUUGAUGGCCCAAGAAUCCCAUAUGUUAGCUUCUAACACCAUGGAUACCCAUAUGUUAGCAUCCAACACCAUGGACUCCCAAAUGCUAGCAUCCAACACUAUGGAUUCUCAGAUGCUAGCAUCUAAUACCAUGGAUUCGCAGAUGUUAGCAUCUAGCACCAUGGACUCCCAGAUGUUAGCCUCUAGCACAAUGGACUCCCAGAUGUUAGCAACUAGCUCCAUGGACUCCCAGAUGUUAGCAACCAGCAGUAUGGACUCCCAGAUGUUAGCAACCAGUUCCAUGGACUCCCAGAUGUUAGCAACCAGCAGUAUGGACUCCCAGAUGUUAGCAACCAGCUCCAUGGACUCCCAGAUGUUAGCGACCAGCAGUAUGGACUCCCAGAUGUUAGCGACCAGCAGUAUGGACUCCCAGAUGUUAGCAACCAGCAGUAUGGACUCCCAGAUGUUAGCAACCAGUUCCAUGGACUCCCAAAUGUUAGCAUCUGGUGCUAUGGAUUCUCAAAUGCUAGCUUCUGGCACCAUGGAUGCUCAGAUGUUAGCAUCUGGUACUAUGGAUGCCCAAAUGUUAGCAUCUAGUACCCAAGAUUCUGCUAUGAUGGGUUCAAAAUCUCCUGAUCCUUACAGAUUAGCUCAGGAUCCUUACAGAUUAGCUCAGGAUCCCUAUAGGUUGGGUCAUGACCCCUAUAGGUUAGGGCAUGAUGCUUACCGGUUAGGACAGGACCCCUAUAGGUUAGGCCAUGAUCCCUACAGACUAACUCCUGAUCCCUAUAGGAUGUCACCCAGACCAUACAGAAUAGCACCCAGGUCCUAUAGAAUAGCACCUAGGCCAUACAGAUUAGCACCCAGACCCUUGAUGUUAGCAUCUAGACGUUCUAUGAUGAUGUCCUAUGCUGCAGAACGUUCCAUGAUGUCAUCUUAUGAGCGCUCUAUGAUGUCUUACGAACGCUCCAUGAUGUCUCCCAUGGCUGAGCGCUCUAUGAUGUCAGCCUAUGAGCGCUCUAUGAUGUCAGCUUAUGAGCGCUCCAUGAUGUCACCUAUGGCUGAGCGCUCUAUGAUGUCAGCUUACGAACGCUCUAUGAUGUCAGCUUACGAACGCUCCAUGAUGUCCCCUAUGGCUGAUCGAUCUAUGAUGUCCAUGGGUGCUGACCGGUCCAUGAUGUCAUCGUACUCUGCAGCUGACCGAUCUAUGAUGUCAUCAUACUCUGCAGCUGACCGAUCUAUGAUGUCAUCUUACACUGAUCGAUCAAUGAUGUCUAUGGCAGCUGAUUCUUAUACUGAUUCUUACACUGAUUCCUAUACGGAGGCAUAUAUGGUGCCUCCUUUGCCUCCUGAAGAGCCCCCAACAAUGCCACCAUUACCACCUGAGGAACCACCAAUGACGCCACCAUUACCUCCUGAGGAACCACCAGAGGGUCCGGCAUUAUCCGGUGAACAGUCGGUAUUAACAGCUGAGAAUACUUGGUCUACAGAGGUGACAUUACCUACUGAAGAAUCUAUAUCACAGCCUGAGCCUCCUGUGAGUCAAAGUGAGAUUUCAGAGCCUUUGGCAGUACCUGCUAAUUAUUCAGUAUCCGAAUCUGAGACUUCAAUGUUAGCACCAGAGGCUAUUAUGACUGUUCCAGAAUCUGCACAGGAACCAGAGUCUUCAGUCAUACCAACACCAGUUGAGUCUGCUGUUGUAGCAGAACAUGAAAUGGUUACAGAGAGACCAGUGACUUACAUGGUUUCUGAGGCUACCAUAUCAGCUGAACAAACUGUGCUAUCAGAGCCUUCUGUUAUGUCGGAGACAUCGGAAACAUAUGAUUCCGUGAGACCAUCAGGACAUGCUAUUUCAGAGGUAUCUAUGUCCCUCCUGGAGCCAGCAGUAACUAUUUCACAGUCAGCAGAGAACAGUCUGGAGCUUCCGUCCAUGGCUGUCCCAGCACCUCCCACUAUGACUACCCCAGAAUCUCCUGCUGUUGCCGUCCCAGAACUUUCAGCUGUGGCCAACCAAGAACUUCCCAUUAUGGUUGUUCCAGAAACCCCCACUGUGGCUGUCUCAGAACCUCCUGCUGUGACUGCCCCAGACCCUUCUGCUAUGACUACUCCAGAACUUUCCUCCAUGUCUGUCUUAGAACCUCCUGUGGCUGUCCCAGAGGUUCCAGCUUUGGCUGACCCAGAGCAUGCUACAACUGCAGGGUCAGGUGGUUCUUCCCUGGAGCCUUCUGUGCCUAUCUUGGAACCAGCAGUAUCAGUCGUUCAACCUGUUAUGGUUGUUUCAGAACCAUGUGUUCCUGUCCAGGAACCUACUGUGGCCAUUUCAGAACCUGCUGUCACAGUUUCAGAGCAUAGUCAAGUAAUAUCCCCGGAGAUGGCUUUAGAGCCUUCACCACCAAUAGUGGAGUCCAGUGUUUUUUCAUCACAUGUCAUAAAAGAAAGGAAUUUACUUUCUGGUGAUCAAAGUUUUGGUCCAGAGGUUGGCAUGCAGGAGAUUCUGUUGCAUUCAGGUGAAGAGCCACAUGAUGGAGGGCACUUGAAAAGUGACUUGUAUGAAAAUGAAUAUGACAGAAAUACAGACCUUACUAUAAACAGUCAUUUAAUUGCUAAAGAUGAUACAGUGUGUUCCGCUGCCAUUGGUUCUGUUGGUGAAGCAAGUGAAGAGAAAAUCAUGCCUGUUGAGGCUAAGGAAGUCACAGAAUUGGAUACCUGUCCUGCUGUCAGUGAAGCUGAUGCGGGAAGAAGCCUAUCUUCUCAACUAGCUCUGGAACCAGAUACAGCGGGAACUAGUAAGGGGUUGGAAUUUGUUACAGCAUCUGUUCCCAGUUUAGAUAGUAAAUAUGAUGGUGAUGUAUCUUUAACCACUCAAGAUACUGAACAUGACAUGGUAAUUUCCACCAGCCCUAGUGGUGGCAGUGAAGCUGACAUAGAGGGACCUUUGCCUGCUAAGGACAUUCAUCUUGAUUUACCAUCAGCAAAUCUUGUUUGUAAGGAUACAGAAGACUCAUUGCCCAUAAAAGAGAGUGACCAGACAGUAGCAGUUGCUCUUAGCCCUAAAGAAAGCAGUGAAGAUAAAGAAGUACCUCCUCCCAAUAAAGAAACAGUUCCUGAUUCAGGAUAUCCUGCCAACAUUGAUGAGAUUAACGAAGCUGACUUAGUGAGACCAUUACUUCCUAAGGACAUGGAACGUCUUACAAGCCUUAGAGCUGGCAUUGAAGGACCUUUACUUGCAAGUGAAGUUGAACGGGACAGAUUGGCUGCCAGUCCAGUUGUAAUUAGUAUACCAGAAAGAGCCUCAGAGUCGUCUUCAGAGGAAAAGGAUGACUAUGAAAUUUUUGUCAAAGUUAAGGACACACAUGAAAAAAGCAAGAAAAAUAAAAACCGUGACAAAGGUGAAAAAGAGAAGAAAAGGGACUCUUCAUUAAGGUCUCGGAGUAAGCGAUCCAAGUCUUCUGAACAUAAGUCACGCAAGCGUACCAGUGAGUCUCGUUCUAGAGCAAGGAAGAGGUCAUCUAAGUCCAAGUCUCAUCGUUCUCAAACACGUUCACGAUCACGUUCAAGACGCAGGAGGAGGAGUAGCAGAUCAAGAUCUAAGUCUAGAGGAAGGCGGUCUGUAUCAAAAGAGAAACGCAAAAGAUCUCCAAAGCACAGGUCCAAGUCCAGGGAAAGGAAAAGGAAAAGAUCAAGCUCCCGGGACAACCGCAAAACAGUUCGGGCUCGGAGUCGAACUCCAAGUCGGCGCAGUCGGAGUCACACUCCUAGUCGUCGGAGAAGGUCCAGAUCUGUUGGUAGAAGGAGGAGUUUCAGCAUUUCCCCGAGCCGCAGGAGCCGCACCCCCAGCCGCAGGAGCCGCACCCCCAGCCGAAGGAGCCGCACCCCCAGCCGCAGGAGCCGCACCCCCAGCCGCAGGAGCCGAACCCCCAGCCGAAGGAGCCGCACCCCCAGCCGCAGGAGAAGAUCAAGGUCUGUGGUAAGAAGACGAAGCUUCAGUAUAUCACCAGUCAGAUUGAGGCGAUCAAGAACACCUUUGAGAAGAAGGUUUAGUAGAUCUCCCCUUCGUCGUAAAAGAUCCAGGUCUUCUGAAAGAGGCAGAUCACCCAAACGUCUAACAGAUUUGGAUAAGGCUCAAUUACUUGAGAUAGCCAAAGCUAAUGCAGCUGCCAUGUGUGCUAAGGCUGGUGUUCCUUUACCACCAAACCUAAAGCCUGCCCCUCCACCUACAAUAGAAGAGAAAGUUGCUAAGAAGUCUGGAGGAGCUACCAUAGAAGAACUAACGGAGAAAUGCAAACAGAUUGCACAGAGUAAAGAAGACGAUGAUGUAAUAGUGAAUAAACCUCAUGUUUCGGAUGAAGAGGAAGAAGAACCUCCUUUUUAUCACCAUCCCUUUAAACUCAGUGAACCCAAGCCUAUCUUUUUCAAUCUGAAUAUUGCUGCAGCAAAACCAACUCCACCAAAAAGCCAAGUAACAUUAACAAAGGAGUUUCCUGUGUCAUCUGGAUCUCAGCAUCGGAAAAAAGAAGCCGAUAGUGUUUAUGGAGAAUGGGUUCCUGUAGAGAAAAAUGGUGAAGAAAACAAGGAUGACGAUAAUGUUUUCAGCAGCAGCUUGCCCUCAGAGCCUGUGGACAUCUCAACAGCAAUGAGUGAGCGGGCACUUGCUCAGAAGAGACUCAGUGAGAAUGCAUUUGACCUUGAAGCUAUGAGUAUGUUAAAUCGAGCUCAAGAACGGAUUGAUGCCUGGGCUCAGUUGAACUCUAUCCCUGGGCAGUUCACAGGAAGUACAGGAGUGCAAGUCCUAACACAGGAACAGCUGGCUAAUACUGGUGCCCAAGCCUGGAUUAAAAAGGCUCAAUUUGAGAACCACUGACUUCAUGAAAAAACAGGAUAUGUAAGACCUAAAAUCAAGGGAGAGGACGGACAUCUCAUGCUACGAAGAUGUAGGUGCACCUGAUCUCAGAUUCCUGCAAUGAGAUUUUUCAACUCUACCUACGGCUACCUCAUUGUUGGGGGAGUCUUAGGUGGUUAAAAGGGGGUAUUCUGAAGAAAUGAUGCUUGGUGACGGGCUGUGGUUUGGUUGGAUGGGUGAUGAGAAAUUUGUUUCAGGAGUACUGGCAACAGCAGUGCUGAAACUGGGAGGCUGCGUGGUCUCUUGGAUUGGGAAGGUUUCUUUGUCCUGCUGUACUCCUGACUCCUUGUGUGAUCGUGGGCAAGUAAUUCCUUGGAAUUUUUGUCUCCCAAGUGUCAAGUGGUGGGAGACAAGUUCUUAUCAAUGUCUCCAACAAUGGUAAUCAGUGAUGUGAUGGGUACCUUAUUACUUGUAGAAUUGGAAUGAGUGCUACUCAUGGAUGAGCUGAAGUUUUCAAAAAAGAAAAUUUUGGUUGCUUUGGACAUUUAAUAUCAUAACAGUUUUAUAGCAAGCAUUCCCUGUGGUUCUUUUAUUAACUAAUUAAUAUAAGGUAUUACACAACUUCAUUGUGCUUGCCUUUCCCCUGUUAAGAAAGUUGCACGCAUAUGUACCUAGGCAUUGGUUUUGGGGGGAAAAGGGAUUAUCUAGCAAUAUUUUUAAUGAUUAGAUUAAUUUUAUAUACUAAUACUUCAUAUAAAUUAUAGAAGCUGAUAGUUGAAAAGUAGCUUUCAUUUUAAUGGGGAGGAAUUGUUUACUUUUUUUGACAUUGGGCAUUAAAACUGGGGCCAUCAGUUUUAGGUAGUAAGCAAGCUUUCGAAAGUGACACAUUCAGUCAUGUUUCAUUUAUUUGGUUCUGAAGCUCAGUGUUUGGUAUUUGUGAGUAUUUAUGCUUGUAAUAGUUCAUGUGCAUUGCCAGGUAGAAGCUUCUGGAAGGUUUUCCAUUGUGAAAUGUGCUGCUCUCUGUGUAUGUGUAAAGAGCAGAUAAACAUAAGUGAAUUUCCAAGGUGAGUUUGCACUUAAGUGGCUCCCUAACACCGUCUCAUAAAUAGAUUUGUGCUGUUUUUCAGCUUGUAAGUAUUUAUUGUUUACGAGAACCUUGAAAAUGAUUUAGCUUUACAUUUUAUAUAGGAUAUAAUCUGGGAAGCAAAUUCUUACAUUAUAGAAGGAAUCAACAACCAUAGCAAAAUGAUCGUAUUGUGAAUUACUGGGUAGAAUAUCUGGAUGGAAACUGGAGGAGCAUUAUUUUAUUAAAAUAGGCCAGUGCAUUUACGAGUCAUUAGGCAACUAAAAUUUCAUUGGCAUUUUUCAAACAUUCUUUCUACACCCAUUAAUUGUGUUCAGGAAAUGUUGAAAUGGCCAUUUGGCUUUUCUUGGCCCAGCACUGUCACGUAUUAAAAACCAUAGGGAAUACCAACUAAUACCCUGUGUUCUUUAGUUUGUUUUAGAAUACUUUUAGAUUAAGAGAAAUAUUUCAUUUAUAUUCUCAUUCAUCAGUAAGACAUUUAAAACUUCAUUAAUUUUAAUGGACCUUUAUGUUCUCAAAUUAUUUGGGUUUUAAUUUCAUAAAAAUGUUGGUUAUUGUGGUCUCAUUAGAUCAAGACAGCUUUUUACACUGGGUAAAGAGGCAGGUGCUAAUAUAAUAGCAAACAGAAGUGGAAAACUGGGCCACAUGGGGAUUUAUAUUGUACUCUGUCUGUACAGUUGCCCUUUUUUUUAGGAGUGUUACCUGGAAAAGAGGGGAGAUGAACCUGAAGUAAGUAUAGUCAUUCUAGGUGUGUAGCAUCAAGGCAGUGGAAACCCAAGCAUCAGCUAACUUUUCUCUUUAUACAUCCACAAUGCAUGGCCUGCACCAAAUAAGGAACUGAACCAGGGGUAUGUUUUUACCUCCACAGCUGCCUCCUUCCAUCAGAGCACCUUGUUGAACUUAAUGUCUAGUCACAUGUCCUUGGCUAUUUUCUCCCCGACAUUUAAUUAUAAAGCUGGGAAACAAAGCUUAUAUAUUUUACUGCAGUGUAAAAAAUAUAACUUUUAAGGAUCAGCUUACUGACAGAAGGAAAAAGAAUGCAUACCCGCUUGCUGAGCUACUAAACAUUUGACUCUGUAAUGACUUAGUAUAUAUUUGGCAGAGAACAUUAACGUAAAAUGUUAUAAUCUGAAAUAAAACAUUGUUUAGAGAUGCUUCAAUUAAAAAGGAAAAAAACCCACAUAGAUGAACAGCAGAAUUCAUAACUGAUAGAAUGUGCAUUGACACCUAUUUCAAGAGGCACUGGCCAUUUCUCAGCUGGAAGAUCCCAGACUGCUGGCCGUGCUAAUGCACAUAGUUGUGCAGCUCAGGACAUUAAGUGGUUUGCUGCUUUGAUGGAAAUUAUGGUUCAGUGGGUUGGAUACGAGAGAGAUGAUUGUUCACAGAAUAACCUGUGAACUUUCACCCCUCUGUAUGGAAACUUGUUUCAGGGCCAAAUCCUUGUAGCUGUCUUCUUGCCCCGGUCAGUGCCAGCCGUACUAUUCACAACACUGCUGCUACCGAGGCCUA